GUUACUUUUCUCUUCCUCAUUUAUCAAUUAGUCAUGGCAAGCUAUCAGUCAGUGCUGCAAGGCGGUUACCAUACACCAUUGAGUCGUUCGUGGCAAUGUGAACGUUCUUUGAAGAAGGAAAUGCUCAUGUACCCUAUUUUCAUUACGGACAAACCGGACGACUUUGACCCGAUUCCUUCGUUACCCGAACAGUACCGUAUUGGUAUCAACAAACUUCAAGGUUUUAUUGAGCCUUUGUACAAAAAGGGGCUUCGCUCCGUGAUUCUGUUUGGUGUGCCGCUGCAACCGGAUGUGAAGGAUCCGACGGGUUCUCGCGCUGAGGAUACCGAUAGUCCGACAAUUCUCGCUGUCCGUUUGUUGCGAUCCGCGUUCCCGGAUUUGUUUGUCGCUUGCGAUGUGUGCUUGUGUGAAUACACUUCGCAUGGUCACUGUGGUGUGUUGCGUGAAGACGGUACGCUGGACAAUGCGGCUUCCAUUCAACGUAUGGCAGAUAUUUCCGUCGCAUACGCCAAGGCCGGUGCUCACUGUGUGGCUCCGUCGGAUAUGAUGGACGGUCGUAUCAAGGCGAUCAAGGAAGGUUUGAUCGAAGCUGGAUAUGCGCACAAGGUCAUGCUCAUGUCUUAUUCUGCCAAGUUUGCUGGUCCUUUCUACGGUCCUUUCCGUGACGCCGCCGGUUCCGCUCCCGCUUUUGGCGAUCGUCGUUGUUACCAAUUACCGUCCAAUGCCCGUGGACUGGCCCGUCGUGCGAUUAAGCGUGACAUGGCCGAAGGCGCAGAUUGUAUCAUGGUCAAGCCCGGUAUGCCCUACUUGGAUAUUGUCCGUGAAGCGGCUGAAUUGGCCUCGGAUUAUCCUAUUGCCGUGUAUCAAGUGUCGGGUGAAUAUGCCAUGCUUUACCACAGUGCCGCAGCGGGUGUAUUUGACCUGAAGAGUGCGGUGUUGGAAUCCAUGACCAGUUUCUUGAGAGCAGGUGCAGGCAUCGUGCUGACAUACUAUACCCCGCAUUUGUUGGAUUGGCUGGACGAAACUCAAUAGCCGCAGAGAUCUAUCUACAAUAGCACAAAAAAUGUAGUGUACGAAGAACCAACUUGACUGUUUGAAGCCAGCGUUGAGAUUUCUUUGUCAGCAAUGAUUUUUUUAAUCUCCUUUUAUUUUUAUAUUUCUUAACUAGUCUUGGGCGUUUUGGCCCACUGUUAAUCCACUCAAGCUGAGUGGGACCAUAGGCGUAUCGCUUCGGAUAGCCUCAAUAGUGUUUGUAUCGUUAUUCUUUUUGAAUAACACGUUGUCAUUGCUUUCAGGUCGCGGAUCGAA